AUGAAGAGUCGGGUGGAUGCUUUCAUCGGGUGGAGAGACGGUAUAGAUUCGGUUAGUUGGAACGAAGGAUCGUUGAUGGAUUUUUCGGUAGCUUCUUGUUAUAAUUUUUACUUGAAUCUCCAUAUUCCGUUUGGACCACCUAACAUUCAUGAUGGUGUCUUUGGCCUUUUGUGGAAAACGGAGGUUCCGUUCAAAAUCAAGGCAUUUGGAUGGAGACUUUUUCUAGAUAGGCUUCCAACGGUUGAUGGUUUGGUGUAUAGAGGUAUGCCUUUCUCCAUUGAAAAUUCUAAAUGCGUUUUAUGUGGCAUUGAUUCGGAGGAUAGGGAUCAUUUCUUUUUUGGUUGUUUGGUGGGUACAAAGAUUUGGAGUGACAUAGCUUUUCGGAUUGGUAAAAGGGGUUUAAUGGAAAAUGAGUGCUUACCGCAUUUUAUGGAGUGGCACUUGUUUUUCCGCUCUCGAAAGAUUAAAGUUAGUAAAUUGGACGUCGUGUGGCUUGCCACCGUUUGGUCUUUUUGGUUACUUAGGAAUGAGGUGCGUUUUCGGAAGGAAGCUUGGAGCAUUAACAAUACCGUUUGGAACAUCAAGUUCUUGGUUUGGAAAUGGUCUUUUUGCGGAAUGAUUACUCAUCCCAAUUAUUCGUUUUACGACUUUAGUAAGGAUCCGCUUUUCUUUCUUUCGUAA